AAAGAAAAAAGAAUUAACCGUACGAUAAAGACGGUGAUGUAGAAUCCAAAAAGAACCAGUUAAUCAAAUCAGAACACAACCCGGAAACCUGACUCUGGCGGGGAUUGAUUUGGAUUGUUAGCGACUCGAUUACUGCCUAUUGAUUGUCCACUAGAAUGAAAAGCCAAGGGAGUUAUGUUCCGCCCCGUUAUAUUCCGUUGGGACAGUCAGAUGUAGAAGCAGUGACUACUACGCAAAAUGCAGAUCCUCCUGUUUCUGGUCAUAGGGGUGAUGGACCAACACAGUGGUCAUCUGGAAUUUGUGCUUGUUGCGAUGAUAUGCAGAGCUGUUGUGUAGGACUUUUUUGUCCUUGCUUUUUGUUUGGAAAGAAUGCUGAAUUUUUGGGUUCUGGAACUUUGAUAGGAUCAUGCACGACCCAUUGUAUUUUGUGGGCUAUUGUCAAUACUGUUUGCUGCAUGAUGACUGAUGGAAUUUUGCUGGGAUUACCUGGAUGCUUUGUUGCAUGUUAUGCAUGUGGCUACCGCAGGGCCCUUCGGGCAAAGUAUAAUCUAGAGGAAGCGCCCUGUGGAGAUUUCAUUACUCACUUUUGUUGCCAUUUGUGUGCGAUUUGUCAAGAGUACAGAGAGAUCCGUGAAAGGUCCGGCGAUCCUAAUCAUCCUGAUAUUAAACUGGCUGUAGUAACAGCUCCAUCAGUCCAGACAAUGGAAUGACAUGCUGCUACAUAAGCAAUUUUUCGGUUUACUCUGUAACUCGCUACAUUUUGUAUGAUAUAAUAGCAUAUAUGGGAAUGGUCUGUAAUCUUGGCUUCAACUAAUGGAUGGAGGUUACCUCUUUGCUGUACAACCUAAAAACAUUUGCUCUAUGUUCGCUUAAUGUUAUAAAAAGAUAUAUAUAUAUA